GUGUGUGUGUGUUUUUUUGUGUGCAUCCGGUGUGUUCGAACCUUUCCCCAGCAGCGAAGAAUGGAGCGAGCCGCCAACGACGCUCCGCUGCUAGCGUGAGACACAACAAGUACCGCCGAGAAAGAACCAACACAAAAACCACACAAAACAAAACAAACAACCUCCAGGCGAAGCCCCGGACGGUACGUGCACGUUUCCCGGGGCGUGACAGAACGGGAGCCGCGUCCCGGUUUGCUGUGUGGAUUCCGGCGGCGGCGAAGGUCUUCCACCUUCUCCUCCCUGGUACAAAUGUUGAGGUGAGAGAGCAGCCUGUGCGACAGCUGUGAGCGGUGCGGGCAGGCGGACGGAGGCGGAGUGCCGGUCAGCUCCAACAGGUGUUGGUUUCAUGAGCGUGACCGUGCCAUCCAGGCACCGGCAGUGAGCGGGGCUGUGGCUGCGGUGGGGCCGGCCCAGGAGGCCUUCUUGUGCAUCACUCCGGGCUCCCGGUGACCUGAGCUGCUGGCGCCAUGGAUCAACCCAGGGACAAAUACAGCGAGCGGCCCGCCAGGAGCACCAAGGUGUCCCAGGGCAACCGCAGCGGACACUCGUCUCGGCCCUCGGGUUCCUCCGGCUCGUCCGGGGUUCUCAUGGUGGGGCCCAACUUCCGCGUGGGCAAGAAGAUCGGCUGUGGAAACUUUGGUGAAUUGAAGCUCGGUAAAAAUCUCUACACCAACGAGUAUGUAGCUAUUAAACUGGAGCCAGUGAAGUCGAGGGCACCACAGCUGCAUUUAGAGUACCGGUUCUACAAAACACUGGGAACCACAGCUGAAGGCGUGCCGCAGGUGUUUUACUUUGGGCCCUGUGGGAAAUACAAUGCCAUGGUUCUGGAGCUGCUGGGCCCGAGUCUAGAGGACCUCUUUGACCUUUGCGACAGGACCUUUUCACUGAAGACGGUCUUAAUGAUUGCUAUACAGCUGAUUUCUCGAAUGGAGUUUGUGCACUCUAAAAACCUCAUCUAUAGGGACGUGAAACCUGAAAACUUUCUCAUCGGACGGCAAGGGAAUAAAAAGGAGCACAUCAUCCACAUCAUUGACUUUGGUCUGGCCAAAGAGUACAUCGACCCCGAGACCAAAAAACACAUUCCAUACAGGGAGCAUAAGAGCUUGACCGGCACUGCCCGAUAUAUGUCCAUUAAUACACAUUUAGGAAAAGAGCAAAGCCGGCGAGAUGACCUGGAGGCCUUAGGCCACAUGUUCAUGUAUUUCCUUCGUGGGAGUCUACCAUGGCAAGGUCUAAAGGCCGACACGUUGAAAGAACGAUACCAGAAGAUAGGAGACACAAAACGAAACACUCCCGUCGAGGUCCUUUGUGAGAACUUCCCCGAGGAGAUGGCCACCUACCUGCGAUACGUGAGGCGGUUGGACUUCUUUGAAAAGCCGGACUAUGAGUACCUGCGGACUCUGUUCACUGAGCUGUUUGAGCGUAAAGGAUACACCUUCGACUACACAUACGACUGGGUUGGCCGGCAGAUUCCCACACCAGUGGGGUCCGUCCAUAUAGACUCUGCAGCAUCUGCUGUGACGAGAGAGAGCCAUCCUCACAGGGACCGGCCCUCACAGCACCCGCCAAUCAGGAAUCAGACAGCGGUCUCAGAUCGACGAGGAGCAUGGGAGGUGCAGCCCACACGCCAAGCAAACUCCUCCUAUCUGACCUCCCACCUGGCAGCGGACAGGCACGGGGGCUCAGUGCAGGUGGUCAGCUCGACCAAUGGGGAGCUGAAUGCAGACGAUCCGCUGGCUGUUCACUCCAACGCUCUCGCCGCCCAGGCCGAGGUGGAAGUGGUCGACGAGCCCAAGUGCUGCUGUUUCUUCAGGCGGAAACGGAAGAAGAACACGGCGAGGCACAAAUGAUCGUCCGCCACCGGCCCGAGACGCGUCCGGCUUUUUGUCGUUUCAGAAAUCAAUAAGGCCACAUUGAGAAUGAAUUCGGGGGACAACCUGAAAGAUCUUGAUUGGAUGGUUUUCUGGAGGGACCCGCGUAUAAAAACGAAAAAAACCCCACGAAUGAUUUGUUGAAAUGUGCGAGACGCUCGUGUCUUUUUCUUAGGAGUCCUUUUUCUUUUUGUCUUCUUUCUCCCUCCGAGACGCGUGGAAAUGUUUCGCAGGCAAGCCGCUCGAACGGGGGAACCUUUUUUGUUGGAUUUUUUGCAGAGGAUAAUCUUUUUGUUUUUGCAGUUGAGUGUUUUUACUUGUCCGGUUCUAAAAGUUUCUCUUUGCGGUGUUUUGCGAGACAGGAAAGCGGUGGAGCCGAUCAUGUUGUGAUUUCUUAAAUCCUGUUAAAUCGAUCGCCCGCUUCACCCCUCGUUGGUCACGGCGCCCUUUCGGUCGUCGGUGGCGAGGGACUGAAUGUAAACCCGAGGAGCCCCCCCCCCCCCCCCCACCCUCCCCCCCCGCACUGUUCUUCCUCCCAAAGAGGGGACCCCCAAGCACUGGGCCCCCUGGGGCCUGAGGGAGCAGAAGACCAGAGACGCCUCCUGCACUGCGCUCCCCGAGGAGGGUCUCCCCUCGACGGCCCAAAUCCCCCCUCUGGCGGUCCCGCUCCUGACUGCUCUGAAGCCACCUGACACUUGUACAUGGGGGGAGGGGAAGGGGAGGAGGGGGGGGGCAGGCAGUGCUAUUUAUGAUAUUUAUAUGUCUUGGUUGCCACCAGUUUUCUUACUUAUUCUGAAACAUACACUGAAUGUCUGGACAGAAAUGUAAAUGACUUUGGAACAUUUAUAUAAUCUGUCAUUUUUGGAGUUCAGACCGACGUAUAAGAAGUGGGGGAGGGGGGAGGGAGGGUGGGGGGUGUGAUACCAAAACCAAGUGGAUUAAAAGGACAUUGAUGAACUUGGUUAUUAAUGGACACCGGUCCAUUCACCAGUAAACACCGGGGGGGGGACGUUGCUUUGGAGUGACGAGGAACUGACGCGCUGUGCUUUCCGAGACUGAGAUCACAGCGCCCCCCCCCCCCCCCCCCCCCCCCCCCACGCUGCUGUCCAAUGCCUUAACCCCAACCAGUCUCCGCCCGUCCUCCAUCAGUCCACCACCAGUCUCCACCACCGCAUCACAUCACCAUUUGGAUAAACCAGUUAGCCGCAUGAUGGUUGUUCGAUUUCAUUUGGAGGGGGUCAACUGUAAUACAGAGUCCAAAGUUGCAGACUGUUCCCCGGCUUGCAUCAGCGAGACCCCCCAUCUCCCCCCAAGAGAGAGCCAAACGGAUUUGUAGAAAAGAUCUAUGCUGGUGUUCCUGCGAGUCCGGUCUGAAGAACAAUGUCCUGCAAAGCCAUGUUUGAACUUUGGACAACUCUGCUGAGGACCCCCCCCCCCUCCAUUGUGAGCGAAUGCCCAUGCCAUUUUCAUUCAGUGUCGUGGAGGACUGCCUUGAGAACAAUAUCCUCGAUGUGUCGCCUUGCGUAUCCUCCAAAGAGAAUUACCGCACGCAGGUGUUUUAUUUUUUUAUGUUCUAAUCUUGCUAAUGUGAAUUUGUUUGAACGCAACUUCCUUUUCUCUUGUGUGUCCCAUUCCAAAUAGCCAUGGUUUUACGGGGAAAGAGAGGGCGACAACAACAAAAAAAGCUCGACACCAUGACUGCACUACAUUUGUUGACCCAUCUUUCCCCGACGACACUCUGCCUUCUUAAGACUGACUUUGAUCGUGCUCAUUACUUUAUUGUAGCUGCCUCAUUGCUUGGCCUUCCCUAUCGGGUGCAGGGAAUAAAUAUACUUUAAAUGACUUUAAUCCCCGCCCACGUUUAUCCUUUUUUUGUGCCAUUACACCAUUGUCCAAUCAUUCCUUUUUCCUUUCUGUGCGCGCACACACACACACACACACAGACUUACUCACUCUCGCACAAACUGGCUGCAGUCCUGGGUGGGUGGACUUGUGUUAGAGUUGCCGUGUGUGGACCUUCUCCAUCGUGCUUUAGGAACACGCAUGUUGUGGAUGAGGCGAGUUAUCUCAAUGAACCUGCGUGUAUUUACACUGUAUAGCUUUGGGUUUAUUAUCAGCCCUGUCAGUGACUCCGGGGUCUAACUUAUUGUGUUAUUGAAAGUACUUGAAUAUGAAAUAUCUACCGGACCCUUUUCUGUUUUUGUUUUUUGUUGUUUUCCUUCCUUGGUCGUUACCAUAGUAAUUCCACACGUAGGAUUGAAGGGGAAUGGCGGGAAAACGGGCUAUUUGAAUGACCGGUGUUCCUUUCUUUGAGACGUCUCCGUGUAUCCAGACUAUUUAGCCUGCCACGUUCCCCCUGGUGCCGUUCCGGAGACUUCUACUCGCCCCGCGCCUUUCUGCCUGUGCCAGGGAAACAUGCAGUUGAACGUGUUCUUGACCGUCGGCGCUCCGCCGGGUGUCCUCGACGUGUCCGUCACUUUUGGGAGGUGGGGAAUUGCAAAACGCCCCGUUGCCCAGUUCCCACCAGCAAGUGUUUUUACCAGUCGCUUCUGUUGGUUUCUUUCCAUUAUUGUUGAAACCAACCGCAAUGUAUCGAUUUUUGGUUUGCGGCCCGUCGUCUUUGCAACAUCUUGUUCUCCCUUGAACGGCGGGUCGGCUGAAACGGUAGAUGUCGAUGUAUUACUCUGAUGUAUUUACGUGUUACUCUCUGGGCCUCACGCAGAGCGAUGUAGGAGUACUCUGUGUGGUUUGUAUCUGCAUGGCUUAUCUGGAGACGACAGCCAGCGGCCUCAGUCUCUCUCUGUCUCCGUCUCUCUCUCUCUCUCCAGUGAACUGUCCUCACCUCGUCCACCGUCGGGUCGGUGAGACGUUUCGGCUUCCGGUCCUCAUGUAAAAUAAAUGUCUUCUCACCGCACAUUCCAUCUCCGUUCCCAUUUCUCCCGAUGUGCUUCAGUCGGAUUUGUGUUCAUGGCUUUCGUUGUGCGUCGGUCACAUUUCUGUGUGUCAAAGCUGUGUAAACGAAAGCGAGGGACGGUUAAAGUGUGAAUGAAUGGCUUAAGUCUUUAUGGGUUCUCUGGCACUUUUUCCCUGUUGCUGUACUGUAGAAUUGUCUUGGAUUUACUGUAUUGCUUUUCUUUGAGGGGAGAGGUUUAGGGUGACAUUUACUGCAAUAUUGUGAUGAUUAUUUGUAAAUUGUACAGUUCACAAUUAUACUCUUUGUUCUUUCUGUUGGGAUUCUAUAUCAAAUAUGUAUUCUUUGAUAUUUUUUCCCCUCUCAGACUGUGGAAAAUCAAAUUGUACAGCUCCAAGAGUUUAUCCUCCCCUCAGCUUUUUUUUCAGAGCUAUGAUUAAGAGAAAUCUUAACUGUAAAUAUAUAUUAUUGUGUUGAAAUAUGAAAAAUAUGAAUGUCACAAUGUAUUUGAAUGAGUUCGUCAAGGGCUUCAAGAAUGAAGGACCCAAAUUUCUUUUUAUGCUUUCAUAUUUUUGAUUUACAGAAAGGUAAAGGUCCUUUUUUUUUAAUCUGAAAAGCCUUUUUCUCUUUUUCUUCCUGGAUUCAUAUAAUGUGUCACACAUGAAGCUUAUAAAAUCACUUUUUAUUCCCUCCACACCGAAAGGGAAACUCCAGUUUGCACCCUUUUUUAUGUAAAAUAAAAGAUCUCUCCACCUUGUGAAA